AUGGUAGCCGAAGGUUUGGCAGUUCAACCUUCAGCGGAAGAAACUGUGCUCGCGCUUGGUAAUAAUUAUAUAAUUGAGAACUCGGCGGCACCUGGUGGUAUCCUUGAGGGGUGUGAAAUUGAAAACCUUGCAUUGGAUUAUAACCGGGAACUUGCGCUUGAUAAUAUGAAUAGGGAACCUGUGCUUGAUAAUACGGGUAAGAACCCUGCGCUUGCUGGUGCUGUGGAACGCCAUAGCCUUGAUAGUACGGAUAGGUACCCUGCGCUUGCGCCCGUUGAUUCUGUGCAUAAUUCCGCUGCGGAGCAUAACGCGCUUGAGAAGAUGGUUGACCACUCGGCCCUGGAUAAUGCUGCUGAGGACUUUGCGUCUGCGCUCGAUGCUGCGCCUGAGGACCCUGCGCCUGAUCUUGGUGCUGUACCUGAGAGCUCUGUGUCUGCCCUUGAUACUGCGCCUGUGUUUGAUACUGCGCCUGAGAACUUUGCGCCGGAUCUUGGUACUGCGGCAGAGUAUUCUGGCCUUGAUCUUGACGGUGCGUCUGGGUACCCUGCUCUUGAUACUGCGGCAGAGUAUUCUGGCCUUGCUCUUGACGGUGCGUCUGGGUACCCUGCUCUUGCGUUUGGUAGGGAUAUUGAAAAUAAUCUUGCAAGGGAUUUUGUGAUUGAUAAAACGGAUAAGGGGUCUGCAUUCGAAGCGCUUGACGAUCUUCGAAGCUGUGUUCAGAAGGCAAUUGUGGACGCGGAUUUUGAUAAGGCAAGUAGGUAG